UUUGUCGGAAUUUGGUAGAUGUAACGUGUUUACUUAUCUAUUAAUAAAAAGUAGAAAGACUGACACUGACACUACUGUUCAACAAGAAAAUCACUUACGACACUUUCGUGUAUGUUACAGUUUAUUAUAAUUUUCCAUCCAUUGAUUUUGUAAACACUUUUUACCACUCAAAUUAAUUAAAUAUUUGACAGAGUAAGUUGUUUUAGUAGACUGUACUAUAAUCUCGUAUGUAAUGUUUAGUUUUACUUUUAGUUUAGACUUUUUUUUUUUUACUAAUACUAGUACUAUAAUCUAUAACUAUAAUUUUACAACUAAGUUUACUAAGUAAAUUGUAAAGUAAAGUUGACUUCUAAGAAGUACGGUAUUGACUAAGAAACUAAUUUAUUACUAAUUUAGCCAAGGCUAAGGGCCCAUACUAGACUAGCCUACUAUAGGCGCUUUAUAGUAUUAUCAUAAACUUUUAGUAGCCUUACUAAGUUAACUAAGCUUUACUUACUCAGGUUGCUGAAUAGGGGGGGNUCACGAGUACUCAGCUUUUAUUUUGUUAUAAACUUUAUUUAUUUAAUUAUUUAUAUUUAUAAGCAAUAUAGUGCUGAAAAUUAUUGAAAUAAAGAAUAAACAUUAGACUAGUAACUAUGAUAAGAUGGCCCUGCCACUGACUCACUGUGCCUGUACUAAUUGUACUAAAUUUAACCUAGCUAGACUUACAUAAUUUAGGCAAUUGAGGCUGUUGUCAAUUGUUACAGAACUGUAGUGGUAAGUAGGGGCAGAUAGAGAUAGAGUGAUUGAAUCCACCUGGUUAAUUUGGAUACCCCCCUUCCCAAUAAGCCCAAUACAAUGAAUUUGGAUAAAUUGGGGCUCCAAAACCUUUUUGACAUUUUAUCAUUUACUGUUUAAAUAAGCCAAGGUCUCAGGUCUAAAGCUUAUUAUUCACUCCUCAGAACGGCAGUCCCAAAUUAAAAAUAGAUGCCAGCCUAAUAGCCCAGAUUAUUGGUGACAUAAUUUUUUUACUUCAAAUUUUGUUUGCAGACUAAUUAUUGCUUGUAAUAAUAUAAAAUAAACAAUACCAUGGCUGACAGACCACAAACACCAGUUCAUAUUUCAAAUAAAUGUUUUGUCAGGAAACAUUCUGCAAACUUAUGACAAUGCCGACGGCACUUGAUGCUUUGUUUAGUGUGGCCGUGGCUUGCUGAAUAUUGUCUCAAUACAAAACAGCAAUUCAACAGAGAUAACUUUUGCUUUCUCUCUUGCAUUUUCUUUCUUUUUCUUCUUCUUCUUUUUUUAUUUCCCAGGAGAUCAUGAUGAAGAUCGCGACCUCUAAAAAAAUUAAUUAAUUAAAAUAGAGCAUUAGACUUAAUAAAAUAUGUCACCAAUUAUCGGUGGCUAUUAGACUAGUAGCCGAACACUUUCUAACGAAUAGUAUUCUAUUUUUUUUUUUGGGACUGCCGUUCUGAGGAGUGCCAAAAAUUAGGCCUACAUUAUUUUUAUAAAUUAUUUUAGUCCCUAAAAAUAUUAAAAAAUUGAAGAAAAACCAAAUAGUGAGAGAUAUUUAUGAUAUUCUUCAUUUUUUGUUACUUCUUAACUAAUUUCAGUGUCUUCUGUAAAACUUGUCAAAUUUAGAAGCAAAAUCUAGAUGUUAUUAUUGUUAUUCAUGAAUUCUAGUUGCCCUUGCUUUAGCUUUGAAUUACAACAUUUUUUAACUGAGAAAAUCAAAUGUUUUAUGCAAUACUCCAACAAGUUAAUCGAAAUUCCUCGCAUCAUGGCAUGCCUUUCAAGCACCUAUCUUGCAAUUUCUUGUAAAUAAAAUGUUAAACAUGAAAUAAACAUUUUCCUAAAAACUUGAUUGUUAACAUCAGUACAAAAUGUUUGAAUUGAAUCUAAUGAUGAAGAAAUUGAAGAUUAAGCACUUUUCAUUUUCUAGAAUGCACAGGUUGUAACUGUUUAAUCUUCAAAAUCCUCUUGUUCAUGAUCUAACUGGGAAUUUUUUAAAAAUUAAGAUGAACAUGCUAAAUUUUUAAAAUUCAAGUGCACAAAUAAAAUGAAAAUAGAAAUGGAAGGAAAUUGAUGAUUAUUUGUAAGAAAAUUAUAACAUUUGUUUUAAAGUAGUUUCAAAAACUGAAAUAUCCAAAGCUUUCCCAGUCAACCCCUGCCUGGGGCUCCCUGUAAAUUCACUUAGCAGAUAUAGUUAAUAAAAUGGCUUUUCACUCAAAAAAGUUUAACUUCUCCAUCAAUAGUUAAGAUACAAAGUGAUUUUUUUUUUAUGAACUGCAUUUGUAGGUACCUGAUUAGUUAAACCUUGCACAAAAAACUUAAGAAGUCAAACACUUUCAAAAAUUAAAAGGAUAAAGUAAAUUAAAAUAAUUUUUCGAAUUGUAGAAAUUUACCUCUUUUCAUUCCUCUUCUAUAUAAAGUAUAUAUUUAUUGUUUUAGCAACUUAUUUUGGCUUAUUUAAUUUUUUUUAUUGUACAAUUGGAAUAGAAAUAUAUUCAAAAAUAAAAUUAAAUUAAAAGAUUUUAAUAGUUAAUUUUUUGUAAUGUGUACAUACUUUUAAAAAGGUAAAAUAAUAAUAACCAGGAAUUUGUAUGAAUACUUUAUGGAAAAAGAGGUUAUUUUAAAAAAAAAAAUUAUCAUUUCCCUUUUUUGACAUAUUUUACACAUUAUGAAAUGUUCUAAAUUAAGCAAAUGACAUACAAAAAUGAAUUUUCUUUCUGAAUCAAAAGAUUUUAUUAAAUAAAUUUUGGUAUCGUUUUUUUUUUUUACUUCUUCACAUCUAAUCACCAGAAAUUUUGUAUUUCCAUUUUCAUUAAAAAUGAAGAAUUUAUUUUUUUUCACAACUUCUGAAUGUUGAAAUUAUGUUUCAACAAAUAUUUUAGAGGACUCUUGCAUUUCUCCAAAAAUAUAUAUAACAUCAUGAACUCUAGAUAUGUAGUUUAGAAGUUAUUGACUCUUUUGUAAGGUGUCACGAAAAACAAAAAAUGCAUGGAAUGUAAACAGUUAAGUAAACAUUUUCACUUUUGGUAACAUUUGUUCAGGUUUGACAGGGAAUCAGAGUCUACCACUAAGCCUGUGAUUAGCAAGUGAUCCAAGUGUACAAAGAAGUUGAGGACCAAGUUGUAUAGAAUAGCUAUAAUAACAUUAGUUUUUUUCCUGUUAUGAUUUAGAUGUCGCUAUUCUGGGAUCAAUGUUAAAAGUGGCCGAUGACAAAGAGCCCAUCAUGCCUAGAAAGCUUGUUGACAAAAUUUCUUCAAAAUACAAGAGACUUUCUAAUACAAGGUCUGGGGAUGGAUUUGUAGAUAUUCAGGUAAAUGUGUUGCAUUAAUGCAAAUUCAUCCUUUUAAAUACUUUUAGUGAUUAGAAAGGAAGUAGCUAGAAAGAUGGGAUAGCAUGUAUAUACCAUUUUGUGUUUAUGAAAUUAAAAUCAGUGGAUCUCUUUCACAUAAUUUAACUAUAAAAUCUAAUAAAUAUGUUGAAGUGUUAAUCUUUUUAAAAGAGUUUACAUUUUAUGUACAUUUUAAGGUGACCCUUUCUUUCUAUAAAAAUUAAAUUUCCUUUAAUCCCGUUAUAUCUAUGUCAACCAUACCAACCAAGCAGCAAGUGACACAGGUUUGAAAUUACUGGUUACUAAAAAUAGUUCAAUUAAAAUUGGCUCCCAAUCUAAAACGUAUGCUAACCCCAAUUUUACAAUUAAGUAACCAUGCCAUCUUAAUAAAAAAAUAAAAAAAACCACACAGGCUCCUCCUGCUUGAUUUCUUCUGAUACAGCAAGGAUAAAUAUGGAAAUUGAAAGGAUCCUUGCAUGUGUCUAUAAUUUAUAUCCAAGUCUUGCAAACAGAGGCAUAGCUAGAGUAUAUGGUGCAAGGAGACAAGAUUCAAUUUUUACUCACCCCCCCCCCCCCCCCCCCCUUUUUUUUUUUUCUUCAACUCUGAAACUUUUUCUUUAAAAAAAUAACACCAAAUACCAUUUUGGCGCCCCUAUCUAGUCUUGCACCCGGGGUCAAUUGUCUACUCCCCUUUAGCUAAGUCUCUGCUUGCAAAUACCAGAGGAAAUGAAAUACAAUCGUCAGCCCCAUUAAUUUUCUUAAAUGCUUUAGCCCAUCACAAAUACCUAUAAAAUAAAGUGUCUUUCUUGAGUACAUAACCAUAAAUAACUGGAAAUCAAAGUGAUUUAUUUUGUAUAUAUUAUCCAGUACUUCAUGUAACAUUUCACUGUAAUAAACAUUUAAAACACGGUAUAGCAGAAUAUAUUUUCUGUAGACAAGUGGUUUCCGAACCGUUUUUCCUUGCUUCAAAUUAAAACUAAUUCCUAAAAUACAAAUGCUCCACAAUUUUUUAUUAGGGUCAAACAGCGUAUUAUUAAAAUGAUAUUUCAAAUUUUUGGUACCAUGCUUUAUAUAUUGUUGCUGAACAUUUAGCAAAAUCAAGAGACACUUUCAGUAAGCUAGCACUAGCAGCAAGGUAAAUACAUUUCACGAAUUUUACCAAAUACUCUUUCAACAGUUUGAGAAACCUCCAACCAAGGUACCAUACAAAGCAAUUUUUCUGGCGACUGGUCUUUUUGUACUUGGCAGUGUUCUCAUCAUCGUAGGAUCUCUCUUGCUCACUGGAUACAUAAGUGCUCAAGUAAGUUAAAAUAAUUAUCUACAGAUAAUAAUGUUUAUGAUGAUACUGAUUUAUUCUACAUUUGAAUACUAUGCAAUGUUUAAAUUGUAGUUGAUGUUGUUAUAGCCUGUGUGUUGACCUAGUUUUGUUCAUGCUGUGUGGUGUUGAGCCAUAGCAUGCAACCUUACCUCCCUCUUUGGUUUUGUUACUGACAUUACCAUUUAACUCUGCCACUACUUUCCUCCACUGCCCUUGAUGGGGAAAGUUUGUUUACUUUUCCAGAUGGGUGUACAUAGAGGGAGAUGUCUAAACUUUCUGUUCUGGGGGAGGUUUUGACUCUCUGAAUAUAAAUAUGACAUUUAAAGAGACUUACCAGAACAGGAGCCCUACAAAACUUACUAGACUUUUCACUGUGUGUGUGUGUAUAAAUUUUAAUAUUUGUACUUUUCUAGUUUUAUACUUUCUCACUUGCUGUGGUGUAAGUUAAUAUAGUGCUUUUUUCUGUAUAUUUUUUAAUUUUAAUUUUUAUGUCAGCUUAAUACAUUAAUUAAACUGAAUAUGGAUAUCACUAGCUUUUUAUCUGUUUCCCUUGGCUACUGAUUUUCAGUCAGUUGUUAUGCAUUGUUCAUCCAACAAGCCAAAAUUUAAAACAACAGAUUAAAUUUUUUAAACCUUGUAACUUUACAUAACAAUGUGAUUGCUAUUUUCAAUAUUCACUAAAGCUUCACUGAUUUUUUUGUAAAUGCCUUAAAUAUCAGACUCUAUAUCUAUGCAUUAUCCCAUGAACUUUUAAUGGUAUGUUUCUGUACUGUGCAGGCAAUUUAGAGCUUUUUGGGUGCCUUUGAAAAAUGUGAUUUUUCACAUGCAAAUACUAUAGCUAGACCCCAUAAAGCAUAUAUUUGUUGAAAAUAGACUGAGUGGGGAAACGUACUGGCUAUUUUCUAAUGAUCUUUUAUACUCACUGACGAUGACCUUGAAGAAGCCAAGAAUAAAGGAAAUAAUGAAAUUUGUUUCUUUUCAAGUACCUCAAACAACAUUUUUUUAAAGGCAUAUUAUUAUAAUAUUUAUAUAAUAUGACAGCAUUUGUAUUUAUCUUUCAGAAAAUGUAUUAUUUAUGUAUAUGUUUUAGUUAUUAAUAGAUUUUAAUUAAAAAAAUUCUUCUGAUACCUAUAAUUAGUUCAAUUAACCAAGCACGACAUAAACAAUAUAAACAUUACUAAAAAGCAAGAAACUGAUAAAAUUUAAAAAGCUGCAAUAUAAAUAUUUAUUACAUAAAAUGGAUAAGAAAACAUUUACAAUGUUCGACUACGACCUAUGCAACUUACAACCAUUCGACUUUACCACCACAUCAAAAAUUAUGAUUGAUAACAAUAAUAAAAGAAAUUUAUGAUAUAAUUUAAGGUAAAUAUUUUUAUAAAACCACUUUACAUUGCUGUACACACAGGGUACUCAACUUACGACCAAAUCCGUGUAACGACCGGUCUGUCAGAACCGAUCAUGGUCAUAAGUGGAGCACUUAUAGAACAAAAUCCAAUUAUUUUUUGUUGGUACAAAAUCAUUUGCAACAUAGUUUUAAAAGAGUCCUGUUGUUGCAGCAAUGCCGACUCGUUCUAGGCCUAGUUCUAAAUCGUCCGAACAUUAGCUUUCUGACCCACUAAAGAAAUAAUUGGAAUUAUCAUUGUCUUCGUGUGUGUGAUCUUCCAAAUCACUUAAGUCAUUAACUAAAAAGAAUUAUCAAAAAGAUUCCUGAUUUAUUUUGUAAGCCAGAUGGGAACAGCUAUGGCCUCAUCUACUUUGUGAAAAUCUACUUACACAAAUUUGCUUGAUAAAGACCGUUGUAAAAAUAACUCAAAAAUUUAAAAAAAUGACACAGAACAGCAAAAAAUGGAAGUUCAUUUAUUAAUAAAAGGAAGUUGUUUUAUUUGGUGUAAAAUAUUGGUGUUGAACUUAUUCAUAUUUCCUUGAAAAAAAAAAAAUGAAACAGUAAUUAGUGGUAAUAAGAUUCUUGUAUUGUAAAACCUUAUAUAUUGAAUCUUUCAUAUUCCUCCAGUAUUCAGACAGAACAUGGCCAUUACUUCUUCUUGGUGCUCUGAUGUUCAUCCCUGGUGCCUACCAUGUUCGUAUUGCCUAUUAUGCAUAUAAGGGCUAUGAUGGAUUUUCUUUUGACGACAUACCAGAAUUUGAUUAAAACACAUUCUAAUUGAUCGAAAAGUUUUCUUGGCUUUGCUGACUAAAAAAAUUUUAAACAUGAUUAACUUAUCCUAUUUGAAAAUUCCAAAGAGAAAAUCUUUUAUUAUUUGUAUUUCCUAUAAAUUUAGUAUCCAUUUCAUUUAGCCUUUAACAUAAAUAGUUAAGGUGAAAGAGGAUUAUAAAAUUAGAAAACAAAUAUUAAUUUUAUUGUUUUCAUUUUGUUCAAUAUGCAAAGUUAUGCUGCUCUUUACUGAUUUAAUGUAACAUGAAUUGUAAUGUACACAAUUUUUUAGUGUCAUAAUUUAAAGAAAAAUAUUUAAACAUUAAUUUUGCAGUUAGGUUUUUUUUUUGUUAUCAGAAACUUUUUAAAUCUUAACUUUAAAAACACUUAUAAUUCAAAUUUGAUUUCAUAACAAAAAGUUGAACUUGGAAGAAGUGUAGAAAAAUUAAUCCAAGAAAUAUGCACUCUUUAUUCUCUAUGAAAAAACACAAUGCAUCUUCAGAUGACAUAGUUUAUUGUAAUAGACAUGGCUUUUAUAUAAUCUUUACAAACUUUGCUCCAGAAUGAAACCGAGAGAUACAACAAAGCAGAUAUUAUAAACAUUCAUUUUUAAUAUUCUUUAGUUUUAACAGUUGUAGCAAACCUGACUUUUACCAAAAGCCUUAUAAGCUAUUUAUUAAAAACAAAAUCAUUGUCUGGACUAAAGAAAAUAAUUCUUACAGAUGCAGUUGAAAGAUAUUUUCAGAAUUCUUAUAAUUUUCUCCUUUAGCUAAAAGUCAAUAAAUUCAUAAAUGUUUACUAUAUGGUUUAAGUUGUAAUAUUAUAUACUUUUAAUGUUUAAUGAUCUAAUUGCAGAUUUUUUGGGUGUGUAGAAAAAUGGAAAAUUGAAAUCAAUUCAGCGUUUGGUCUUAAUAUGAGGACACACUUGCUGAAAAAAACUGCCUUAUCAGUUUUUGUCAUUGUGGGUCAAUUCACAAGAAACUGGUCUGUUGUUGCUAGAAAAUGACCUAAAUUAAAAAAACAGGUUGGACAACUCAAAUCAGUUUCUUUGAUCUUUUCAACAAAAAAAAAAAGCUGAAUUCAUUUUCUUUGAAAAUACUUUGGUACUAAAGUUGACUAAAACAAUGCACUUGUAAUAUUCCAACUGUAAAUAUGACAUAUAUUUUCACAGACUGAAAAUUAUUUCAACAUGUAUAUCCUAUUGCAUGAUAUAUUGCUGUGUUUUGUUGAUUUGGGGCUAAUGUUCAAGGUUGUAAUCAUAACUUUAUGUAAAGAUUGCUGCAUUUUAAUUUUUUUGUUAAAUUUUUUUAAAUAUGGGCUAUUGCAUGUAAGGUCUAUUGAUGGAUUUGGACCAAAAGAUUAUUGGUGAUUGAUCACCUGUAUCAUGUUAGCUCAUGUCUCAGCAACUUACUUUGCUAAAAGAACAAAAGGUUAAAAUGCUUGUACUGGGGUUUUGUAAAGAGAGCCAAUAGAGGUAUAUUGCACUCAGAAACAAUUUGUCUUAAAGCUCUACACAUCCAUCCACAAAAGAUAUGUGUAAGCAAUUUCAACAAAUUAAAAAAACUAUCAGUUUUAAAUUGUAUUUUUAAUUAUGAGAGAGUUGCUGCAGAGCCCUAUGCUAACAUCUUAUUAAAAUUGGUAAUCUCAUCUAACUAACAGAAUUUGAUACUCACUGGUCUUUUAUGUGAAAUUUUUAAUGUUUAAUACAUUUUGACAGAGAGUUAAUUGGUUUACUUUCCCUUGAUUUUUGAGAAAUUGUUUUUUUAAAAGGCCACACCCAGGCCAGGUUUGGAAAUCCCCCUUUAUCACUAUUUUCCUUAGCCCUCCUUACCCCCC